ACAACCGGAUAUGACAUUGAGGGACACGUUUUUGUUGUCAAUAGUCUCACAGAAAUGGCGGCGCCCAAAAGCAACGUGGAAGAGAUCCGAAAUCGUGUUAUUCUUGGGGAGUAUGGCGUCCGGAAUGUCCAUACCACUGACUUCCCAGGAAACUACCGUGGCUACGAUGACACAUGGGACCAGAAGAAAUUUGAAGAGAAUUUUCGAGUUGACAUAAUUGAAAUGGAUGAAAGUACAGGUACAUUGGAGUUCGACAUGGUUGGGAUUGACGCUGCCAUCGCUAAUGCUUUCCGACGUAUUCUAUUAGCAGAGGUGCCAACGAUGGCAGUGGAGAAGGUGUUUAUAUACAACAACACAUCCAUUGUCCAGGAUGAGAUUCUGGCACAUAGACUAGGACUGAUUCCAGUCAAGGCCGACCCCCGGCUCUUUGAAUACCGAAGCGCAGGAGAUGAAGAAGGCACAGAGAUUGACACAAUUCAAUUUCAGUUAAACAUAAAGUGUUCCAGGAACCCAAGAGCCACCAAAGACUCUACAGACCCCAGCGAGCUCUACCUUAACCACAUGGUUUACACGAAGCACAUGAAGUGGAUUCCGAUUGGGAACCAGGCAGACCUGUUCUCUGAAGCAGAUAUCUGCCCAGUUCAUGAUGACAUCCUGAUCGCCAAGCUUCGUCCAGGGCAGGAGCUAGACAUCGUCAUGCACUGUGUGAAGGGAAUUGGUCAAGACCAUGCCAAGUUUUCUCCGGUUGCCACGGCAAGUUACCGCCUCCUUCCUGAAAUCUCACUGAUGCAGGCGGUGGAGGGAGAUCUGGCAGAGAAACUGAAACACUGCUUUUCAAAGGGCGUCAUCGAGAUUGAAAAUGUCAAUGGGAGGAAGUUUGCUAAGGUGGUGAAUUCUCGACUAGAUACCUGCAGUAGAGAAGUCCUCCGGUACGAGGAACUGAAAAACAAGGUGAAGCUUGCCAGAGUCCGAGAUCACUUUAUCUUCUCUGUGGAGUCAACAGGAAUCCUUCCCCCAGACGUUCUCGUGAGUGAGGCGAUCAAAGUCCUGAUGGCAAAGUGUCGGAGGUUUCUGGAUGAACUAGAUUCUUCUCAGGUGGACUAAAGGAAGAAUGUGAAGAUCUGCUUGGACUUUCCCAUUUUGGAAAUGAUUGUUGUUCUUCUGGUCAGAGAUUAUCCAAUGUGCAAACCCGCCCCACCUCCCAGGUCUGGGUUAUAUCUAGACAAGUUCUCUUUACAGUUCGAUACUGAGCAGCUGAUUUGUAAAGAUGGCUUUCCUUCUAUGUUAAGCUGCAGUAUAGAAGUAUAGUUUGCCACAAGCUAUUUCAAGAUUUAUAGUUUGGUUAUACAGAUCUGUACUGAAAACCAAGACUGGUUUUUAUUUUGUUUUGUUUCUUACAGAUCUCCCACCCCCCAUGUGAUUUAAUUGUUAAAGCAGUUCAAAUCAGUGCUGUACAGUAAACAUGAAAAACUAACAUCUAAAUUGGACAUUGGCAUAAAUAGGAUCUUCCUGCCUGUUUGCGCAUACUUGAGGAAUGUUUGCUGUUCCUCAGAUGUAUACUCUGCUGUUGUUAUUGCCUGUGUGUCCUACUAAAGGAUAAUGUGUCCUUACUGGCCCGUUGUGGUAAGAAAUUUCAGCCACACGUAACUUCAAUUUAAAUAUUUUUUUUUUAUUUUAUUUGCAUUUAAACACUCUAGUAAUGGAAAAUUAUAAGCCAGUACAGUACGUGGCUGCUGCUGCUUCUUCUGAAUGAUUUAUCUUGGGUGAUUCCUUCUUUUUGGUCUGCUUUAUUAUUCUCUCUUUUUUUGUGUCCCAAUUUGUUUUAGAUAUGUUCAUGUCAUUUUUUAAGUCGUCAAAUUGAUAUUCUUUAAUCAUGCAAGGAAGUUCCAUGGGCACGGACAGCUAAUGGUGUCAGAGGGUUAAAUGUACUUUAGCAGUCAAUGCAGCCAAACAGCAUGCAAUUUAAGCUUUGCAAUGUAAACAUUUUAAACACUGUUUUGCCACCACCUUCCGGAUACAUUCUAGCAUUAACAUCUUCUGCAGGACUGUGUUUCUUUGCAUUACACUGCUUCAGGCGCAGGAUCCUGUAGGCAAGCAGUAACUAUUGAUCCCAAGAUAGCAGUGAGCUUUUCCUUCUGUAGUAAACUGUAAGAUUAUUUUAUAAUAAGCGUAAACGGCACAAUAAAGGGUUAAUAUAAACACCCAUAAGAAUGGA